UGAAGUAACUCCUAGAUCUGUCCAUCUAAGGUUCUUCCAUUUCAACCUUAUUUUUGGAAACUCUUGAUUCUGAUCCAAUCUGGAUCCACAAACCAGGUCCUUUGUCUGUAGUGGAUCAGGUUUCUACAGUAUAAUAUAGACGGAAAGUGAAGGGUGGAGGAACAUCCUAAUUUAGUUCAUUUGACCAUGAGGAGAUCUUAACAGAUGGACAUUCUAGAAUCGGCACUAGAAACUGACCACGGUCUCCACGGAGUCCUGAGAUACAGACGAGAACUGAUUGAGAGAAAGAUCAGUCUUCUGCCUCUGGAGACUGAUGACGACCAGUUAGUAUGGUGUGAGUUCUGUGGUAAACAGUUGAAGCAGCCGCUUUACUCUGACUACACACAAGACCCAGAGGACUUCUGCUGCAUUCGCUAUAAAGAGCUGUUUGAGAAGGUGGUCGAGGAAAGCAGGUUCCUUCAGGAACUCUCUGCUGGAUUUUCACAAAGCACCUUAAACCCUGAGGAACAGCAGGAUUUUGGUAGUGGACACUGGUUAAGAGAGAAACUCAGAUUGCAGCAAAUGGAAAUGGAGAAAUUCAUCAAAGAGGCUGCAGCUAAACCGUCUUCAGACAACAGUUCACUCUACACCAUCAACUUCAAACUCUCCUCUUGUGCACCUUUGGAAAACAGCGAAGCAAAAGAGGGAAUCUGCAGGAAAAAAGAAAAGUCUGGAUCAUAUCAGCACCACAGCACUGAUAUACCUGGACUAGCUGGGUUUGGUCUGUGCCAUCACCAGGAGAAUGCAAGUUUCAUACAGAAGUUUUAUUCAACUGGAAAUAAAUUUCUCACAGCGUUUACAGAUGGUUCUGCCCAGGUCUUCUAUCCCUCAGGAAACCUGGCCAUCAUCAUUCUUAUAGAUGACACGGAGGCUGUCUGCAUCGUUUAUGAUGACGUUUCGAGCAGCUGUCCAAUCAGAGCCUUGUUCAGCUCAGAAGGCAGAGUCACCUGUUACCACAACAACGGGAGUAUUUGGCUGAGCAUGGAUAAAUGGGGUGGACAAAGUCUGGAUGAUAACGGAGCCAGAACAAGAAAAUGGAGCUGGACAGACCACAGCCACAAUCCAGUGACCCUGAGGCCGAUCUACCUUUCUCUCAAUAAAAACGUGGGGGUCAGAGUUCUGGGACGAGAGAGCAUUUUUGUGUGCUUCCUGGCCUCGGGACAGCAGGCUCGCUUCAGUGUUGGUAGCUGCUCGAAGACAAUCGACUCCAACCUUUCCUGCCACAGACCGUCAAUACAUAAAGAGGAGCUGAUGGUACAGGCGUGCCAGUUCUACAUCCGGCUAGCACUUGCACGUUCACGCUGGUGCCUCCGUUUGCGCUCCGACCCUGGUAACAGGCGUCCCCGACUCCCUUCGUUCCUCCUCUCUCAGAGAAAGAGACUUCAGAGACUAAGCUCCAGCGUUCAGAUGGACGAUAAGGACAGAGUUUUUAUUCAGCACUGCCUGCAGGAGUGUAAGUAGUUUAAAAGACAAAUAGGUCUAUGCUGCACUUUACUGAUUUCAUCACAUAGACCUGAGUGGGUAUGAGUACUUAUCGCAGCAUUGUGGUUCAAUUUUGAUCCUUUUUUUUUUUUUGCUGAAUAAUUGUCAUCUUGCCAGAGAUAUGGACGAUCACUCUAAAAUCCUCUCAAUAAAUGUUUGAAAAAAUGGCUUGGCCAUGCAA